AUGGAAGAGAAGGCCCAAGACACGGCAGACAUGGCGACGAUGGACGAAAAAGACCAUACCGAGGUCGAGGCGAGCAGCAAGAGCGACAAGGCAGCUGCGCCCCUUGCACCACGAUGGAAGCGGCUCCGCAGAAACCGGGGCGGACCGACGCCCUCGCCCAAGGGGAAGGCGCCACCCGGCCCCAAGCCCGUCAAGUUUCGCGCGCUUUUUCGCUUUGCGACGCCGCUCGAGACGGCGCUCAUGCUCAUCGGUCUCGUCCUCGCCGCGGCGGCGGGGUCCACGACGCCUCUCAUGUCUCUCAUGUUCGGGAACAUGGCGAAUGCCCUCAUCCAGUUCGGUCUGGCGCGACAGGCAAUCUCUCACACCUCUGGGGCCGAGGAGGUGGCGGCGCUGGCGGUGGCCAAGGCCAACCUAAUUACUGCGGCGGGCAACCAGGCCCUCUACCUCAUGGGUAUCGGUCUCGGCAUGUUCGUCUGCACGUACGGCUACAUGCUCAUUUGGACGUAUACGAGCGAGGCGCAGAGUAGACGUGUGCGGGAACGGUAUCUCCAAGCCGUUGCCUACUUUGAUGAUUUUGGGGCCGGCGCCCUCGCCGCCCGCAUCCAGACUGACACGCACCUCGUGCAGGUCGCCACGGGAGAGAAGAUCGCGAUCCUGGCCCAAACAUUCUCCACCUUCGUCACCGGCCAUGUCGUCGCGUACGCGCGUAACGCCCGCAUUGCGGGCGUGCUCACCGUCCUCCUGCCUCUACAGGUCGUCGUUGGUGCCACGAUGGGUCGCCUGAUGCCCAAGGCUGUCAUGGGCGCCCUCGCCUUCGUCGCCAAAGCCGGCUCUGUCGCCGAGGAGGCCAUUAGCUCCAUCCGGACAGUGCACGCGUUCAAGACUGAAAGCAUCAUGGCGCGCCGCUUCGACGGCAUUGCAAUGCAAGCGCGCAAAGCAGGCAUCAAAUGCGCCGUCAUCCAAGGCGUCGGCGUCGGCACCUCUUUCUUCGUCAGCUACAUUGCGUACGCUAUUGCAUUCGCGUACGGCGGCCGCCUCGUCAGCGAGGGUCAGACGGAUGCCGGGACGGUGCUCAACUGUGUAAUGGCCAUUCUCGUGGGCACAUUCAGCAUCUCGGCCGCCGCGCCCGAGAUGCAGCACGUGUUCAAGGGCCGCGCGGCCGCCGCCAAGUUGUGGGAGACGAUCGACCGCGUACCCUCCAUCGACAGCGAGGAUGCUGGUGGCGCUCAGCCGCAGCUCGUGGCGGGCCGCAUCGAGUUUGACGACGUCACGUUCCGCUAUCCCAGCCGGCCCGAUACGACAGUGCUCGACGGCCUUUCUACAGUGUUUGAGGCAGGGCAGACGACGGCCCUCGUCGGCCCAUCUGGAGGAGGAAAGAGUACAGUAAUCUCCCUAAUGGAGCGGUUCUAUGACCCCGCCUCUGGAAGCGUGGCUCUCGACGGCGCCGUCCUCCCGUCGCUCAACUUGCGGUGGCUCCGGGGACAGAUUGGGCUCGUGUCGCAAGAACCUGUCUUGUUUGCGACAAGUAUCCGUGAGAACGUAGAGAUGGGGCUCAUCGGCACGCCCUACGAGCAUUCCAGCGCGGAAGAGAAGGAUAAGAUGGUGCGCGAAGCGUGCCACGCCGCGAACGCCGAGUUUGUUGAGCGCCUUCCAAAGGGGUAUGAGACGGAGGUGGGCGAGCGCGGCGCCCGCCUGUCGGGCGGGCAGCGGCAGCGCAUCGCGAUCGCGCGGGCCAUCGUUUCGAACCCACGCAUACUGCUGCUGGACGAAGCGACGAGCGCACUGGACGCCCACGCUGAGCGCAUCGUCCAGGACGCUCUGGACCGAGCGGCAAAGGGGCGCACGACGGUUGUCGUCGCGCAUCGCCUCGCGACGGUGCGGAACGCUGACAAGAUUCUCGUCAUCGCGGACGGGCGUGUGGCGGAGCAGGGCACGCACGACAGCCUCCUCGCCCUCGGCGGGGUCUAUGCCGGGCUUGUGGAGCACCAGAAGCUGGAGGAGGCCGAGGUCGAGGAGGGAGGCGUUUCAGCCAAGACGACGCACGAAGAGGACGCUGCACUCGUCAUGGCUGAGGUGGAGAGCAAGAAGGAGGAGAAGGCCAUGCGGUUCGGCCUGCGCGCGAUGAGUGCGCGCGUGUUCAAAAUCAACCGCGAUAUGUGGGGCUGGUACGCGCUCUGCUUCACCGGCGCAGUGGUGAACGGCAUGGCUUUCCCGGUAUACGCAAUUUUGCUCGGUCUGACGAUCGCCGACUUUGAGCUCCCCCUCUCGGAGAUCAAGGGUGCACUUGAGACGAAGGCGAUCUUCUUCUUCGUCGUCGCGCUCGUGGCGGGCCUUUCUGUCGCCUGCGAGAUCCUCGGCAGCCAGCGCUCCGGAUGGGAGCUGAGCCGCAAGCUGCGCAGUGCGGCCUUUAGUGCCACCCUCCGCCGGCCGAUCGCGUGGUUUGACGGCGAGAACUCGGGCGGGCUCGUCGCGCGCAUCAGUGACGGGCCAGAAAAAAUCCAGGGCCUGUUUGGCGUGACGCUCGGCGCGGCGCUCAAGGCCUUCGUGACGAUCAUCGGCGGCUGCAUCGUCGGCCUGGCCUAUGCGCCGCUCCUCGCACUCGUCGGUAUCGCGACGGUACCCCUCGUCUUCUCGGCAGGAUACAUCCGCCUGCGUGUCGUCGUUCUCGCCGCUGUGCGCGUGCAGGCUGUGCAUCAGGCCAGCGCGCAGAUGGCAACGGAAGCGGUGGGCGCGCUGAAGACAGUCGUCGCGCUGCGGCGCGAGGUGGACGUGCGUACGCGCUACUCGGCGGCACUUGAGAAGGCGGCUGCGCGCUCAACGCACACGAGUCUGCGCAGCAACGCACUGUACGCGGCGUCACAAGCGAUGAGCUUUCUUUCGAUUGCGCUGGUCUUCUACGUCGGUGCCCGCUUCGUCGCCGACGGACGCUACGACACGCAGCGCUUCUUCACCGGCCUCACGGCUGUCGUCCUCGCCGCGGUCAACUCUGGGUCCGUCUUCGGCUUUGUACCGGAUGCGGGGCAGGCGAGCGCGGCCGCCAAAAGCGUCUUCGGGCUCAUCGACGGCGCGCCGCCGCCCUUGCCGCCGACCGACGAGGCUGUCGCGCCCGGUCACUUGCGCCUCGACAGCGUGUCCUUCGCGUAUCCCACCAACCCGGCGCCCGUGCUCCGCGGCCUGAGCCUCGACGUGCCGCCGGGCGCGUUUGUCGCGCUCGUCGGGCACAGCGGGUGCGGCAAGUCGACCGUCCUCGCGCUCCUCGAGCGCUUUUACGCUCCUGACGGGGGCAGUAUCACGCUCGGCGGGAGAGAUAUCGCCACGCUCGACCUCACCGCCUACCGCGCCAUCAUGGCCAUCGUUUCCCAAGAGCCAGUGCUGUACUCCGGCACGCUGCGAUUCAAUAUGUCGCUCGGCGCGUCGGACCCCGACGCCGUGUCCGACGAGAGCGUGUGGGCAGCCGCAGAGGGCGCUAAUAUCGCCGAGUUCAUCCGCUCGCUCCCCGAGGGUCUCGACACGGACAUCGGUGACCACGGCGCGCAGCUGUCGGGAGGACAGCGGCAGCGGGUGGCGAUUGCGCGUGCGUUGCUCCGCAACCCCUCGAUCCUGCUUCUGGACGAGGCAACGGCUGCGCUCGACUCGGCCAGCGAGCGCGCCGUGCAAGCUGCACUCGAGGCUGCGCGACGCGGCCGGUCAGUCAUUGCCGUUGCGCAUCGCCUCAGCACAAUCCAGCAUGCCGAUCUCAUCUACGUUAUGAAAGCCGGCACAGUGGUAGAAAAGGGCACACACGCAGAGCUCAUGGCCCUCAAGGGCGAGUACUAUGAGCUGGUGCAGGUUCAGAAUGUCAGCGCGCAGGCGUAG